CUGAUAAUGUCAUUUUUGUCAUCUCUGCUUCUGGAUAAAUGAGCGAGUCGAUCACGUUCAAAUCACGUUUUUAACUUUUUACAUUAUAUUAAUUAUUAUACAUGAUGGAAAACAUUAACACUCAAGAGAUCUUAACUAUUGGUAAUGUUUUGAUCGAUACAACGAGACCAAUGAAGGAGCGUUUCAGAGCUUUGUUUACUUUAAGAAACUUGGGCGGCGAAACUGCAAUUCAGUGUAUUAGCAAGUGUUUCAAUGAUGAAUCAGUACUUUUAAAACAUGAAUUGGCUUAUUGUUUAGGUCAAAUGCAGGAUAAAAAUGCUAUACCUGUAUUAAGAAGUGUGCUCGAGGAUAAACAGCAGGAUCCAAUAGUACGCCAUGAAGCAGGAGAAGCAUUAGGAGCAAUAGGCGAUCCUGAUCUUCGUGAAUUAUUAGAGAGGUACAAAGAUGAUUCUGCCAUAGAAGUCGCUGAGACAUGUCAGAUAGCUCUUGAACGGCUAAACUGGGUAGCUAACGAUGGCGUUACUGAGAAGCUAUCGAAAAGUCCAUAUUCAUCUAUUGAUCCAGCACCACCAAGCAGUACAAAUGAUAUAAAGUUGUUAAAAGACACUUUGAUGGAUGAAUCUAAGCCUUUAUACGAUAGAUACAGAGCUAUGUUCAGUUUGAGAAAUAUGGCUACGACAGAAAGUAUUAAUGCUUUAGGCGAAGGUUUCAAAGCUACCAGUGCCUUGUUUCGUCAUGAAGUAGCAUUUGUUUUCGGUCAAAUGCAAGAUGUGAGAAGUGUGCCAUUCUUAAAGAUGGCUUUAGAAGAUACAAAAGAACAUGAAAUGGUGCGACAUGAAGCAGCUGAAGCUUUAGGUUCAAUAGCUACAGACGAAUGCAUAGAAGUAUUAAAAAGGUAUCUCCAGGACCCAAGGCCAGUAGUCAGAGAGAGUUGUGAGGUGGCCUUAGAUAUGUCAGAGUAUGAGAACAGUCCAGAGUUCCAGUAUGCCAACACUUUGUUAGCCGUUAAAGCGCAGGGCUGACUCAAUUAUGACAUUUACAAAUAGAAAUUGUUAAAUUGGAAACAUUAUUUUUAUACAAUACAAAGCGUGAUGCACAAUCAUCA